AUGAACUACGACGGUGAUCAGCAGCAGCAGCAACAGUCGCUCGAUGGGACGAUGCGGUUGGAGCGUUCGAUGCUGAAGCUGGGACCUUUUGACCCACCGAAAUCACCAGGAGGAUACGCAGAACAGUUUACGUACUCAACGCCCAUCACUCCAGUAACUCCGAAUACGCCCCUGGUGUGCUAUCCCAUGAAAAACCGUGUGCUGCGGCCGGGAGUGAAUCGUAAAUAUCGCAAGCGGGCCAUCUUGAAAAAUGGAGACUGUAACGUUGUGCUCUCGCGUCCGCCGAGGCAACAUUUGCGCUUUCUGCAGGACAUUUUUACCACACUGGUCGAUGCUCAGUGGCGUUGGACGUUGCUAGUGUUUGCGUUCAGUUUCGUCGGUUCGUGGCUGUUCUUCGCCGUCAUCUGGUGGCUGAUUUCGUACACGCACGGUGACCUUGAGGAGUUACAUCUGCCCGAUAACCAAUCUGAAAUCGGUUGGAUACCGUGCGUCUACAACAUCUACUCGUUCACUUCGGCGUUCCUGUUUUCGAUCGAGACGCAGCACACGAUCGGGUACGGUGUGCGAACGACAACGGAGGAAUGUCCGGAAGCGAUUUUCGUCAUGUGCUUCCAAUCGAUCUACGGUCUCAUGAUCCAAGCGUUUAUGGUGGGCAUCGUGUUUGCGAAGAUGACGCGUCCAAAGCAGCGCAGCCAAACGUUGCUGUUUUCGAAAAAUGCCGUCGUUUGUCAGCGUGACGGUGAGCUAUGCCUGAUGUUUCGCGUGGGAGAUAUGCGCAAGAGUCACAUUAUCGGUGCGUCUGUGAGGGCGCAGCUGAUAAGAACGAAAACGACGCGAGAGGGCGAAACGAUGGCACAGUAUCAGCAUGAGCUAGACGUCGGGUCGGACGGUAGCUCGUCGGAGCUGUUCUUCAUCUGGCCCCAGAUUGUGGUGCAUCGGAUCGAUAAGAAUUCGGCGCUGUACAAUCUGUCGGCGUCCGAUAUGCUGCGAGAGCGGUUCGAGAUUGUGGUCAUCCUGGAGGGUACGGUAGAGUCGACGGGACAAUCGACCCAGGCCCGUUCGAGCUACGUCAACACGGAGAUACUGUGGGGCCAUCGGUUCGAGCCGGUCGUGUGCUACAACAGGGAACAGCAAGGGUAUGAGAUCAAUUACAGUAAGUUUGAUUCGACGCUGCAGGUCGAUACGCCGCUGUGUUCGGCACGUGAGCUGGCCGAGUUCUACCGGGCACAGGAUGACUAUCGCCCGCCAACCGAUGCCGGUGACAACGUGUCCACAAAGACGCAACUCGAGCGUCGUUGGAAAGAUCACUACAGCACGCUGGUAAACACGCUCAGCCAGUACAAUUUGGCGGACGUUACCGGUACCGGUGGCGUCGGUACGGAUCAUCUCUACCCGACACGUUACCUCACGAUACAGGGCGUUCCGAGGAGGAAAAAGUCGUACGUCGCGUUGCAGACCAAUCUGUGGAACUUGUUCGAUCGACCACCGAAUCCACGGCUACAGCUCACUACGACGGAUGAUGAUACGAGCAGUACGCGACGCGUGUCGGAUGACGAUCCGAUCGUAAACAGUGUGACGGUGAAAAGCGUCAACGAACGACGAACGUCCGGUGGAGGCGCAUGA